AUGGAGAAUCUCUUGUCGAUUGCAAAUCGCUUGACCAUUGCGGACAUUCCUACCCUCUCUUUCCUCUAUCGCAAUAACCUGCUUAGUCCUUCGUUAAUGGAAGCAAUCCCCAUUCCCGACCAGGCCGUCAAUGACAAGAUCUGCACCAUUCAAGCGGACAUCACAACGCUGUCGGUCGACGUCAUUGUCACGGCGGCCAACCCUGCCCUCCGUGGAGGAGGCGGAGUUGAUGGAGCGGUUCACCGUGCUGCCGGCCCUAGGUUGCUACAAGAAUGCGCUGCGCUUGGUGGAUGCCCAACAGGUUCCGCUAAAAUAACUAACGCAUACAACCUUCCCUGCCAAAAGGUGAUCCAUGCGGUCGGACCCAUCUUCAGAAGCGAGUCAGCGUCUGAACCUCUUCUCCGUGCUGCGUACCACACUGCCCUCAACCUUGCUGUCCAACAUGGCUUGAAGACCAUUGCGUUUCCCGCCAUAUCCACUGGUGUCUACGGUUAUCCCAGCCAUGCCGCAGCUCGAGCGGCCAUCUCGGAGAUUUGUGCAUUCGUGAAGGAGCCAAAAGGAGUUCAACUGGACAAAAUCAUCUUCUGCAACUUCACGGACAGCGACGUGGACGCUUAUUCUCGUUAUCUUCCUUUUGCUUUCCCACCGACACAAGAUGACCUGUCCCAUACAGGUGAGUAUGAUUUGCAUACCGAUGAAUUCCCUAUGGAGAUGUCGCCGACCGACACGCAGACCCAUUCGAGGGCAAAAUCUGAACCUGCCGUGACCACAUUGUCACAACCCGCCGUCGACGAACAUAGUGUCGCUCGCACCCACACCCUCACAAUUACCAGCGCUGAUGUAGAUGAAGCGAAUCGUCGUCAUUCAUAUUCUGCAAGUCCUGAGAUGUCCCCACGACGUGAAGAUCAUCUGUCCUACAGCGAACCAGGGGAUACUGAGACCGAAGGGAGUGGCGAAGGAAAAGCGUCCAGUGCAACAGGCAAAGCAGGCAAGGUGAGCACCAAAGCCGCCCUAGAUAGCAGCUUCUGA